AUGGAAGUCCCACUUCAUCUCCCACUGGAAGUCCCACUGCAUCUCCCACUGGAAGUCCCACUGCCUCUCCCACUGGAAGUCCCACUGCCUCUCCGACUGGAAGUCCCACUUCAUCUCCUACUGGAAGUCCCAACUGCAUCGCCCACUGGAAGUCCCACUGCCUCUCCCACUGAAGGUCCCACUUCAUCUCUAUGGAAGUCCACUGCAUCGCCCACUGGAAGUCCCACUGCUUCUCCCACUGAAGGUCCCACUGCAUCUCCUACUGGAAGUCCCACUGCCUCUCCCACUGGAAGUCCCACUGCCUCUCCCACUGGAAGUCCCACUUCAUCUCCUACUGGAAGUCCCACUGCAUCGCCCACUGGAAGUCCCACUGCCUCUCCCACUGGAAUCCCACUGCAUCGCCCACUGGAAGUCCCAACUGCUCUCCACUGGAAGCCCACUCCUCCCACUGGAAGUCCCACUUCAUCUCCUACUGCCUCUCCCACUGCCUCUCCCACUGGAAGUCCCACUUCCUCUCCCACUGGAAGUCCCACUUCUUCUCCCACUGGAAGCCCAACUGCCAUCUCCCAACUGGAAGCCCAACUGCCUCACCCAACUGGAAGCCCAACUGCAGGCUCACCAACUGGAAGCCCAACUGGCGCACCAACUGGAAGCCCAACAGGAUCACCAACAGGAAGUCCCACUUCAUCUCCUACUGGAAGUCCAACUGCAUUGCCCACUGGAAGCCCAACGGGAUCACCAACUGGAAGUCCCACUUCAUCUCCUACCGGAAGUCCCACUUCAUCUCCCACUGAAAGUCCCACUGCCUCUCCCACUGAAAGCCCAACUGGCUCACCAACUGAAAGCCCCACAUCAUCACCAACGGAUUCACCAACCAGUUCUCCUACGGUAACCCCAACAGUAAUGCCCACUGAAAUGCCAACUGGAACCCCAACAGCAAUGCCCUUUGAAAUGCCUACCGGAACAGCCACAAGUCCCACAACCGGAGGCUGUCAUGAUUGUGGCUGCUUCCAAUGUACCGGGCUUCGUGUCCUCGAUAAUGGCUCACUUGACAUUACCAUUGGUCACUGCAAGGCUGGUAGCAUUAGCUGGAUGUGUUGCGUUGGAAUCUAUGAUAGUAACGGUAUGGCCGGUGCCCCAGGUGAAUGUGUGUUGACAGGGUGUCAAGGGACUCUUGAUGGCCGUCUUGAUGAAAUGCGGAAGUGCAAUGGCAUUCCUGAAGGUGAAGGCUUAAAUAUCAAUGUCCCCAGUGGCACCACAAAGAUUGAGAUCAACACGCAUGAUGGACAAACCAUGGGUACAGCUAACAACAUUGACACCGUGUGCGGUGGAAAUGGCAACCAAAAUGGGGGCUGUGCACAAAGAGCUGGUGCGCCCGUGACAGCCCAUUGUUUGAUUGAAUUCGAUAUCCCUAUGGACUGUCCGCCAAUGUAGAGCUCCGUUCUGACAACCCUUACGGAUGCAGUCAGAUCGAUUCGAUCAAGAGAGUAGAAUCUAAAACAUAACAAUGCUCAUCUUUCAUCUC